AGAGCAACCGAGUGAGCUUAGCCUUAGCUUGGUGGCCCAGUCGCUAGUGAAACGCGGGAGCCCUGCGACAAUUCACGGAUCGUGUUGUUUUUUUUUUUCCAUACAUACGUGUGCGAGAGAGGAUUUAUUAUAAAAAAAAAAUAUUAAAUAAUCAUAAUAAUAAUCCAAAAAGGGAAAAAAAAAAAAAGAAACUUCUCUCUCCCUUUUUCAUCAAUUCGUUAACUCGCGCUCGUUUUUGUCAUCAUCAUCAUCAUCAUCUUGAUUACAAUUCAAUCAGUUAUUAUAAUUAUUAUUUAAAAAAACAAAUGAGAAAGUGUUUUUUAUUUAUUUAAAAUAAAUAAAUUAAUAAUUGACCUAGAUUUAUUAAAUUCAUUGUUGAUAUUAUACUUUUUUUUCAUCAUCAUAAUCAUCAAGGUGGUUCCCGCGCACUUAUUAUUAUUAUCAUUAUUAUUUAUAUUAAUUUUUAUAAAAAUUAUUAUAAAAAGUGUUAAAGCUAUUAUUAAUAAUUAUAAUUUAAAUAAUAUAAAAAUAAUUUACUCCAAAAUUGAUUUAAAAAUAAUAAUUAAUUUAAAAGUGUUAAAAAUUGGUGGUGUCAGUCUGUGUCGUGGUGUUCUUCACCCACUUAAAAUCAUACAACAUAUACAACAAUUACUAUAUAUAUGACACAGUGACGACAAUAUUGAAAAUAAUAUUAAAAAAUAUAUUUACAGACAUAAACACACGUUCUUAAAUACCACACCUACAACUUGAUAUAAAUCAUAUACAUAUAUUUUAACUAACACACACACAAAUUAAGGAAAAAAAAAAAAAAAAAAAAAAAUAGUCAGUCAGUCAGUCAGUGUGUGUUUGGUGCGCGGAAACGACUCGCAAGAUGGCCGCUGAUUCAGGAAUGGAGACGUGUCCCUCCCCAGAAAUUGCGGAUUCCAGAAAACGUCCUUUGGAUUGUGACGCUGAUAACGGAUCAACAAAAAGAUCACAUUACGGUUCAGGAGGAGAUGGAAUGUAUCAUCUCAAAGUACUUGUUCCGGGGGUGGCAGCAGGUGCCAUCAUUGGUAAAGGGGGCGAGACCAUCGCCCAAUUGCAAAAAGACAGCGAGGCCAGGGUCAAAAUGUCCAAGGCUAGAGACUUUUAUCCAGGUACAUCAGAACGUGUAUGUUUAAUAACUGGUAGUGUUGAAGCAAUAAUGUUAGUUAUGGAUUUUAUUAUGGAAAAAAUACGUGAAAAGCCAGAUUUAACGUCAAAAACAACAGUUGAUUUUGAUUCUGGUAAAGCAUCAGCUGAACGAGACAAGCAGGUUAAAAUACUUGUACCAAAUAGUACUGCUGGUAUGAUUAUUGGAAAAGCAGGAAAUUAUAUAAAACAAAUAAAAGAAGAAUCUGGUUCAUAUGUUCAAAUAAGUCAAAAAGCUAAAGAUUUAUCAUUACAAGAACGUUGUAUAACUGUUAUUGGUGAAAAAAAUAAUCGUAAUGCAUUAACAAUGAUAUUAUCUAAAAUUGCUGAUGAUCCACAAAGUGGUACAUGUUUAAAUGUCAGUUAUGCUGAUGUUAGUGGUCCAGUUGCAAAUUAUAAUCCAACUGGUAGUCCAUAUGCACAAGCACCAACUGCAACACCAACUUAUACAUCACCAGCUGGUUUAAAUGCUGUUAGUUUAUUAAAUGGUGCUGGAUUGAGUUUAAAUUUAAAUUUAGGCGCAGCAAUAACAGCUGGUAAUGCACCAGUUACAAAUCAAGUUGUUGAACAUAUUAAAUUAACACUAAGAUCAUCUGGUUUUUCUGAUCAAGCAUCUGCUGAAAUAAUAACAGCAAUAGUUACACUUGCAAAAUAUAAUAUUCUUGGUAUGGGUAUGGGUAUUGGUAUGCCAUCAAGUGGCAUUAGUUAUCUUGGUACACCAAUGGAUGGUACAACAAGUGCAAAUGGCUCAAAUAAUAAUGGUGGUGUAUUUGGACCAAUUGGUACUGUAUCAGGUUUAGGAUCAACAUCACCAACACCAAGAAGCACCCUAGAUCGUUAUGAAACAUUUGAUCCAUUUAGACAGAAUAAUACACAACCUGGUGCAAUACAUCUCAACAACAAUUCAUUUGGACUUGGAACAAAUCAAUUGUCACUAGUAAGUAAGAGUCCUACUACACAGGUUGAUGUUGUCAAUACCAAGGAAACACAAAAAUUAGAUAUAGAAAUUGCUGAAGUUAUUGUUGGUGCAAUAUUAGGACCUGGUGGUAGAUCACUCAUUGAUAUACAACAAAUGAGUGGUGCUAAUAUACAAAUAUCUAAAAAAGGCAUGUUUGCACCUGGUACGAGGAAUAGAAUUGUUACAAUAACUGGCUUUUUACCAACAAUUGAAACAGCUAAAUAUUUAAUUCAACAAAGAAUUAAUGCAGAAGAAAAUAAACGAGCGCGUCAUAAUGCUAUUGCUGGCAUGAUUCAUUGAUUCCUCUCUAUCUUUUUUUUCUUUUCUCUCAAUAACAUUGAUCAUAAUAAAUAUUUUUUUUUUUUUUUUUUUUUUUUAUCAUAUUCAUCUUUAAUUAAUUAUCUAAUAUACAUAUAAAUGUAUUUACUUGAUCAUUUUAUUCUUUUUUUAAUUUUCAUGACAAAAUUUAUAUGAUUAAUUUUAUCUUUUUCUUUUUUUUCGUCUCUAUUCGCUCAUCAUCGUCAUCAUUUAGACUCCUCGUACCGCAAUAAUCGUCAUACACACAUGUUUUUUUUAAAUAUUUUAUUUUUAUUAUUAUUUAACAUCACAUUAUUAUUAUUAUUAUUAUUGUUAUUAUUAUUGUUGUUGGGGUUUUUUUUUUCUUUCAUAUUUUUUUAAUUUUUUUGUUGCAUUGCCACCAUCAUCACCCUCUCCAUCUAUUAAUGACUCGUUAUUUUAUAUUUAAGAUAAAAAAGAAACAAAUUUAAAAGAAAGAAAUAAAUAUAUAUUUGUAUAAAGCAAUAUUCAAUACAUAAUUUAAUGCAAAUAUUUAUGCACAAAAUAUGUAUGGUAUAUGUUAUAUACAAUUAUAAAAUAAUUGUUCUGUGAUACACACCACGUUACGAGGCUUGAUCACACGUACGACAUAUAUACAUCAAAAUAAUCAUGCAUACGCGUCCAUUGGAUAUUAAAUUUUUAAGUUAAAAAAAAAGAAAAACUAACUAACUAAUUUUAAAAACAAAUUGAAAAUAUUAAACAAAUUUUGUGCUCAGUGCAAUUGGUACUCUUCAACACACACACACACACACACACACUCACAUCCACACUUAACAAUAUGAAAAAAAAAAUAAUAAUAAAUUCAUUAUAAAUGAAAAACAUUUUAAAAUAUUAAGAUAUUUUUAUGAAGAAUGAGAUAAUAUUUUGGAAGGAUAUAAAAUAAUGAUAAAAAUAAAAAAAAAAAAAAAACUUAAUUGACAUGACCUGCCUCAUGCCACAAUAUAAUUGUUGGAUGAAGGCUCAUUGAAUAAUGCCAAAGAUUAUUAUCACAAAUUUUUCAAAAUAAUUUUUAUUUUUUCUUUUAUUUUUUUUGUUGCGUUGAAAUAUUUAUUAAUCAUACACUUUGUAUAUUGUUAAAAAUAAUUAAUUAAAAGAGCUGGCUGGUACCGGUUUUAAGAAAAUUAUCACACAAUAUAUAUUCAUGUAUUAUUUAUAAUUUUAAAACACAAUAUAUAUAUAUACAUUCGCGUUUCAAUCAUUUCGUUAUUUAAAAUAAUGAAAAAAAUACAAAAAAGUAUCUUUUUAUAUAAAAUAUGAAUGAUAAAACAAAUAAUAAUUGAUGAAUUUUUAAAAAAUUUAUAAAUAGACAUUAUGACAACUCGUUGGUAGCAUAAAUAUAUUUAUGAAAUUAGAUGGAAGGGUAUUGUCAAGUUAAUUGACAAGAUGGUUAAUGCAAACAACAAAAAAAAAUUAAAAAAAUAUAGUAAAG